AUGCUAUCCAAGAGCCUGUUGGCCGUUGCGGCCCUGGCCCUGUCCCCCGCGGCCGAUGCCUCGAUCUGGCCGAUCCCCAAGUCCCUGUCGACGGGCAACCAGACCCUCUUCCUCGACCAGAGCGUGGCCGUGACCUACAAUGGACAAGCAGUGCGGAUACCCCAUCAGGACGAGAAUGACAGCAGAUACUUCUGUGAUGAAGAUGGACGUAGAUAUGACAGAUUGGAGCACCUGGCUGAGACUAGAUUCCUUGACCAACGACAACAGAUUUCCUACGCGGCAGGCUACGCGCCGCCGGCCGGGUCCAAGUUCAGGAGCCGCGACAUAGUGCAGGGCGGCAUCGAGCGGACCCUGUCGGCCAUCUUCCGGGACGGGCUGACGCCGUGGAUGCUCCGGGAGCGCGGCUCAGACUUUGAGCCGGCGGACGGACGCGACAACUCCAAGCUCAUCGGCAGCCUGACCAUCACGCAGACGUCGGACGACGACGCCGACACGUUCAAGCCCAAGGUCGGCACGGUGGACGAGUCGUACAGCCUCAACGUCACGGCCGACGGCGAGGCGUCUAUCCGGGCCGCCUCGUCGACGGGCGUGCUGCGCGCCCUCGAGACCUUCUCGCAGCUCUUCUACAGGGGGUCCGACGGCCAGACCUUCUACACGCAGGAGGCUCCCAUCGCCAUCGUAGACGAGCCCAAGUACCCGCACCGCGGCGUGCUCCUGGACGUGAGCCGCCACUGGUUCGAGGUGGCCGACAUCAAGCGCACCAUCGACGCCGCCGCCAUGAACAAGAUGAACGUGCUGCACCUGCACGUCACGGACACGCAGUCGUGGCCCCUGGAGAUACCUUCCCUGCCCCGGCUGACGGAGAAGGGCGCCUACGCCAAGGGCCUGACGUACUCGCCCGACGACGUCGCGGGCCUGUACGAGUACGCCAUCCACCGGGGCGUCCAGAUCGUCCUGGAGCUCGACAUGCCCGGCCACGUCGGCGUCGACGAGGCCUACCCCGGCCUGACCGUCGCCUUCGACGAGCACCCCUACCAGUGGUACUGCGCCCAGCCGCCGUGCGGAUCCUUCCGCCUCAACAACACCGACGUCGAGGGCUUCGUCGACACCCUCUUGGCCGACCUGCUCCCGCGCAUCGCCCCCUACACCUCGUACUUCCACACCGGCGGCGACGAGUACAAGGCCAACAACUCGCUGCUCGACCCGGCCCUCGAGACGAACGACGUAGAGGUCCUCCAGCCGCUGCUGCAGCGCUUCCUGUCCCACGUCCACGGUAACGUGGUGGAGAACGGCCUCACCCCGCUCGUCUGGGAGGAGAUGGUGCUCGAGUGGAAUGCCACCGUGCCCGACGGCACGCUGGUCCAGUCGUGGCUGGGUGGUUCUUCCGUCACCGAGCUUGCCGAGGCUGGCCACAAGGUCAUCGACAGCAACAGCGAGUACUAUUACCUCGACUGCGGUCGCGGCCAGUGGCUCGACUUCCCCAACGGCGCCAGCUUCCAGACCUACUACCCCUUUGCAGACUGGUGCUCUCCCUCCAAGAGCUGGCGACUGAUCUACAGCCACGAGCCGACGGACGGCGUGCCCGAGGAGCUGCACGGCAACAUCGUGGGCGGAGAGAUGGCGCUGUGGACCGAGACGAUCGACACGACGUCGCUCGACAGCAUCAUGUGGCCCCGCGCCGCCGCCGCCGCCGAGAUCUGGUGGAGCGGACGCGUCGACGGCCAGGGUCAGAACCGCUCCCAGAUAGAUGCUCGCCCACGUCUUAGCGAGAUGCGAGAGCGUAUGCUCAGGAGGGGCGUCAGGGGGACGCCCAUCACCCAGCUGUGGUGCGACAUGAAUGGCCCCGAAGACUGUGCGCAGAUUGAGUAG